CCCCCUCAAGACCCUCCAAAAAGGAAACCCAAACCUAGUUAUGUGUAGGUCGACGGAGUACCCUGGCUUUCAGGCCAGGAGAGAAGCCCUAAAGAUUCAAGCUUUCUUUAUACGGUUUUCGGGUUUGGAUUCUCAUAAGCCGUUACCGGAAUCGCUCACGCUUUCGUAUCUUCCAAGAAUCAACGGCACCGCGCUCGAGAUCGACGGGUCAAAGAUCCGACCCGACGCGCCGGCGUUCGUGACGCUUCACCGCUCGGUGAAUGCGAAGGUGAGGAAGGGGGAGGCGAUAUUCGGGUCGCGGGAGGCGGUUCGGGCCGGCGACGGGGUCCAGUUCGAGGCGUAUUUGAGGGAGGAGAAGGUGUUGAAGGGGAUUUUCAGGAAAGACGUGGGGCAGGAGUGGAAAUUGGAGUGCAAGUGCGUGCUGGAGAGCGAGAGUGUCGGGAAGGAGGUCACGGCGGCGGAGGUGUGCGUGGCCGUGGAGGGACACGUGGCGAUGAGCGAGAGGGUGGCGAUGAUUGUGAAAAGGCGGGGAAAGUGUGGGUUUCAUCCGCUGGAGGAGAUCCCGGAGGUGGACGAGGAAUGGGACGGCGGGUGUUGCUGCACUUGCGGGGAAAUGGACGGUGGAGAUUUGGAGGAGGAUGGUGACGUGGAGGAGGAGUUGGACAUGGAUGUGGAUGUGGAGGGAGUGAGAUGGGCUGUGGAUGUGGGCUUUUGGGUCAUGUGUUUGGGUGUGGGCUACUUGGUUUCUAAGGCCUCAUCCAAAAGCUUGAGACGCAGGAGAUUAUUUUGAUUUUUCUUUUAGUUUUUAACUCCAUUUUUGACACCAAGUUGUACAGUUGCAACUUGCAACGCAUACUGGCAUAGUAUUGAUAAUAGACAACAUCAAACCAACGAAAAGUUUUGAUCCAUUUUUCAAUGAGAUGUGUAAUUUGCCUCAAACACUAACAUAGUUAUCAAUACAAUUUUUUUGGCGAA